UUCAGUUUGCACAGGAAACACAGAGGAUGAGUGGAGUCCAGCGGUCCUUGUCUUUCCUCGGUCUUCCAGACUUGAAGAACCUGGUCUGUGUCUCUCUGACACUAUUUGACGAGGAGCCGCGGAGCAAACAGAUGAAGACCUGCAGAGAGCUGGUGCUGCUGUACUCUGAUAUCCUGGCCUCUCCUGCUCUUGAGUCCUUCACUGACAUCACUGUGGUCAUGGCAAUCCCAUUUUUCCAGAAAGGCGUCCUCCAGGCGUUUGGGCAGAGACGUGGUCUGCAGCUGGGCUCUCCUCACUGUGUGUUUCCAGGUGACCUCCAGUGUUGUCUGUCCUACUCUCUGAUCACCAGACUGUCUCCCAGCUGGAACAAAGCAGGACUCUACCUCGUCUCAGGAAAGGACUUUCUGAGUGAGAGGGGGACACAGAGCGCUGUCAGCAUGGAGCUGAGCACCACUGAAGGCCAACUGUGCAUCAGCAUUGACACCCACACCGUCAGACUGCCCCCCACCACACUGGAGGACUUUGACCUCCCUCCGUUGGUGCUGCGGAGGUUCUGCAGUGAUCCCGACUCAAUCCUCGACCCGUCCUCCACUGGGGGAACCAUUUGGUGUCAUGUCCUGCCCAGCAUGAAGAAAGGUCAGAUUAUCACCAUCAGCCGUCAGCUGCCCAGAGACGGACCCUUCAGGACCUACACAGACCUGCAGAACCACUGGAACUGCCUGUACGGUUACAGACUCCCUGAGCUCACAGAGGCGGAGGUGGUUUACUGCAGCGUUUACUUCAGACUGGUGGGAGAGAGACUCUUCACUUACCCUCUGAGCUGCAUCCGCCUGCAGCCAGCACAGUGCUGCCCCCGGGUCGACCUGCAGGGGGCGCUGGGCUCCUUCCUGUCCGACGUUAGGGACCGAGUGCAGAGUGUGUGUGGCUUCCCUGCACGCCUGACCAGGAAACCCUGUUACCACACAACCAGUCUGAACAGUGCUGCAUCUGCACAG